UAUUCACCACUACACUACAAAACAGAAAGAGUCGACUACUUAGAAAGCACGGCGUCGUUUGAUCCUGCAGCUCUUUCUUCUUCGACCAAGGUGAAAGGAAGCCCAGGUCGUCUUGUCCUUGAAGCUCGUCAUCAAUGGCUGCUCUCUGCAUCCUUCCUUCACAUGCCCCCUCAAGCUGGGAGAUACAUGUCAUGAACUCCCAGCUUGGAAAGAAGGAA